CGAUGUCGACUAAUGUGAGCGGAAGUACAUACGUUCUCUCUUUUCCGGCGGCCAUUGUGGAGUGAUCGGCAGGCCAUCAUGAAGCUGAAUCCGUUUGUGACGUCAUCCCGUCGCAAGAACCGCAAGAGGCACUUCAAUGCCCCGUCUCACAUCCGCAGAAAGAUCAUGUCCUCUCCCCUCUCCAAGGAGCUUAGGCAGAAGUACAACGUGAGGUCCAUGCCCAUCCGUAAGGAUGACGAGGUCCAGGUUGUCCGGGGACAUUACAAAGGCCAGCAGAUUGGCAAAGUUGUGCAGGUCUACAGGAAGAAGUACGUCAUCUACAUCGAGCGUGUGCAGCGUGAGAAGGCCAACGGCACAACCGUGCAUGUUGGUAUCCACCCUAGCAAGGUCGUGAUCACAAGGCUGAAGCUUGACAAGGACCGCAAAAAGAUCCUGGAACGCAAGGCCAAGUCACGACAGGACGGCAAGGAGAAGGGAAAAUACAAGGAGGAGACCAUCGAAAAAAUGCAGGAGUGAAAAAAAUCCACCUUUUGUUAGCCACAAUAAAAGACUGUAAAAAAAAAAAAAAAA